AGUGUUAUGAGGUGACUCAUAGUCUACUUCUAUUGCCUGGCAUGGAGAUGCAUUGACGCAUGGAUGUGUGUAGAACUUUGUAUACAUGGCUAUAUAACCGGACAGGUUGCAGUGUCUUUCCUCCUGUUUAGCACUAAUUUCCAGCUGAGAAUAAUCACAAUCUCCAUACAUGUAGAGCAGCUGGACACAAAAUGAUGUCUUCUGUACAUCACAUCCAUGUGCAGCAUUGGCCCUAGAGUAACCAGCCUAAACCUCAUCAAGAUUGCAUGGAUCAUCAGGAAAGAGAAUAAUAGUGCAGGAUAGCUCAAGACAGUGCAAGAUAUCUCCUGGAUCAAUUACAGCUUCAGUUGAUAAUCCCACAGUCAGUUGAUGAUUGUGUCAUCGUAAGGAAGGCCAGAAGUCCACUCACCCACAAGUUCUCUGUGUGUAUAUGUUACUGAUCAGUUGAUGAUCAAGUCAUCACAAGGCCAGACAUCCAAUCACUCAGGAGUUCCCUGUAUGUACUUCUAGCUGGUCACAGGUAUUCUCUGGUGGCUUGAGGUGAUAAACACUAAAACAAUAUGAAGCGAUUAAAGAGACGCCUGUCACAGUCUUUCCGCAGCAACUCCGUUAUUGAGGACUCACUUUCAGAGCUGACGGAAAGUAUGAGCAUUGAAGAGAAUGGCACACACUGUACAAAUGGUACAACAAAUGGCAAUACUAAUGGCACAAAAGAAGAGAUAGUGACACGAUUACGUAGCUCUGAUGGAGAGAGUGACCAGACGUCAGGAGCAUCAGAUGAGAGUCACACCCCAGUCAGAAGACGACAUAGACCUGGAAGGCUACAUAGGAGAUUUAGUGAGGAUAUCUCCAAGAGGCUAUCCCUGCCCGUUGAUAUGCGUCUUCCUGAACACUUCAUCGAAAAAUACAGCCUUAGCCCUCCAUUUGAAAAGAUGAGUCGAAGAUCAAGAAGGGCAUCAUUGGUAAGUUGACUGCUGAAUACUAACAUUCUCAUGUGGUUUAUACAGAGAUUUAGAUUACAGAUAUUUAAAGUGUGGAAGGUAUGAGGAAGAUCAAACAAUAAACAGAUUUGCUUCUUCCAUGCUUUAUCAAGAUAUAUGUAGUUU